AUGAAGCCCAAGAACAGUGCGACGCACCACCGCCGGAAGCGGCGCCCAGCCCAGGCCCACGACGAGGAGCGGUCCGGGCGCAAGAAGGCGCCGUUCAUGGACGAGAAGCAGCUCGAGCGGUCCCUCAACUUCGGCGCGGAGCGGCUCUACGCCAUGAUCCACGACGGCUACGGCCUCUACGACGCCACGCUCAAAGCGUGCGAGGAGGUGAACUUCAAGGCCGGCCGCGACGGCAACCUCGCCGAGGUCCACCCCGUGCAGCUCGCGGGCUGGUUCGACAUGAUGCUCGAGGGCCGCCACCAGCGCCGCGGCCGCCGGCGCCGCGAGAAGCGGAAGCGGCGCGGGCCCGAGCCCGGCUCCGCGCUCGAGACGUAUUUACAAACCGAGGAGGCGAAGAACGCCGUCGAGGCGCCGCCGCGCGUCGCCCAUCGGAGCUCCGAGGUGCGCGACGCCAUGCGGGCCAUGCUCGCGGCCUGGCGCGAGCAGGUCAUCCUGACCCGCGAGCAGAUCGCGCGCGAAGCGGAGGCCUUGAAGGAGGAGAUGCGGCUCAACAAUUUAAAGAUGGCCGGCGCCAAGGGCGGCAAGGAGCAGGAGCGGCGCUACUACAAGUGGGUCUGUUUCACGGCUCUAAAGUUCUACCUGCGGCGGCGGCGCAUCGAGAAGAAGCGCGCGGCGCGGCGCGCGCGGUUCCAGGGCGCGAUCUCCCGCGCGUUGACGGACAAGCUCGGCCUCGGCCUGCCCCGCCUCCUCGGCGGCGGCGGCGACUCGUCGGCGGCGGCGGCCUACGGCGGCUUCGCGAGCCUCCCGAUGAAGAUGAAGUUGAAGGACCGCGGCGGCGGCGACCGCGUGUCGCGGUUCAUGAACGUCGUCGAGGCCGUGCGAUCCAGCGCGCAGAGCGGCGACCCGGCGCCGGGGAAGCUGGCCCUGCCCCACGGCCUCAAGCGCACGGAGACCCAGAAGGGCCGCCUCGACGCCGAGGUCGACGCCGACGACGAGCUCAGCGACGGGAGCGACGAUCUGGACGCCGUCGCCGAGGGCGACGAGGACACGCUCGACGACGAGGCGUCCCUCGCGACGGACACGAUGACCUUCGCGUCGUCCUGCGGCACGGAGGAGACGCGGUCCGCGGCGCCGGUGAGUCGGUUCGGCACGACCGCGGACCUCGGCCGCCGCACGGAGCGGCGGAGCUUCCGGCCCAAGGCGCCGCCGGGCCCCGUGCCGUCCUUCCUGCGCAAGGGGCGGCGCGUAUUCGACCCGGGCAUGCCGACGCUGCCGCCGUCGGCGUCCGCGCACAGUCUGCUGUCGGCGACGAACGUCACGUCGUUCCUCCCGCGCGUCGACUCGAGCCUGUUGCUGCGCUUCGCCGCCAAGGAGGAGCGGGACCUCGCCGCCUUCCACGAGCAGAAGGCGCUGGACCACCUCGCGCGGACGGCCCUGCCGGCCAUCGACGACGCGAGCGCCGACGAGCCCGAGGACGGCGAGUCGCCCGAGGCCCCGGCGGACGAGCCGCCGGAGGCCGCCGCGGGCGGCCGCGCGGGCUUCGCCUUCCACGGCGUCUCCAAGCCGGCGCCGCGGCGGAAGUCGUCGGCGCCGCCGCGGCGCGUCGGCGGCGGCGGCAAGUUCGACUGGAAGCAGAAGGUCAAGUCCAAGCUCGUUCAUCUUAGGUUCUAA